AUGUCGCGGGGCGCAUGCUUAUUGCUCCUCGUAUGGCUCUUGCUGGCGCAGGUCAUCGGCUGUGUCACGCAAGCGAAGCGGGACCGUGCAGACGAUGAGGGACUCGACAAGUACGUGAGCAGACCCGACAUCAUCUCACCCAAAUGGCAGGUCCAGAUCCACGACACUGAGAACAUCGCUCCCGGGUAUUGGUUCCUCUCGCCCUACGCACGGGUUGGGGAGAAGUCGCCUGGCGGAGCAUGGAUCGGGCCCCAUAUCUACGAUGGCAAUGGCAGUCUCAUCUGGAGCGGCUCCUACAUCUUCAACAACCGCAAUGUCAUGGACUUCACGCUGUCGGAGGUGAGAGGGCAACGUCGUCUCACAGCCAUCUUCCCCCCUGGAGAAUAUGGCCCGGUCAUCGAUCGCCACUACCAGGUGUUGGACAAGGUUGCAGUUGGCAAACAGCACAAGACGCUCAACAUGCACGAUUUCCACUUCGUCGAAGGGGGCAACACUCUCAUGCUUCUUACCAGGAACACGAGCGAUUUUUCUACAGCGGAACAGGCUAAGGUCAUCGGGUACGAUGCUCCCUGCCACAUCGGCUCCCCGGGCUUCAAAGACAUCGAUACCACCACUUGGAGCACAAGGUUCGAAUGGAACUCUCGUGACAUAAUACCGCUGGACGACAGUACCCAGGACCAUUCGCCGCUCGAGGACCGAUGUGCUGGAGAUGCAUGGGACUACAUGCACGCAAACGCCGUAGACAAGUUCGACGACGGCCAUUACCUCCUCUCCGCGCGGCACGCAGACACUCUCUACAAGCUCGACAAAGACGACGGACAUGUCAUAUGGCGGCUCGGCGGACGCAAAAGCGAUUUCAGCAUGGGCGACGUCAAUUUCACAAGACAGCACCACGCACGGCUACACAGCCAGAAUAAGACGCACACCAUUGUCACAAUCAUGGACAAUGCCAAAGGCGAGGACGCGCAGGAACCCUCAAGCAAGUGGUCGAGAGCACUAAUGAUCGCCCUCCGCACCGACGUAACGCCAAUGACAGCCGAGCUCAUCCGUGCUAUCGACCAUCCACACAAAGAGUACUCCUGGCGGCGCGGAGCCCACCAAAUCCUGGACAAUGGCAAUUCCUUCGUCUGCUGGUCUGAACAGGCGCUCCAAAGCGAGCAUAGCCCAGACGGGAAGAUCCUGUGGGAAGCACGGUUACAGGUCGACUGGCUCGGCACCUAUCGCGCAACGAAGCACGAAUUCAUCGGGCUUCCGUUCGAACCGCCUGCCGUGCACUCGCAGGUCCUCUCGCACGACGACGAGCCGGGUAAUUCUACCCAUACUAUCGUGCACGUGAGCUGGAAUGGCGCGACGCAAGUCGCGACUUGGGCGCUUUAUAGGACGGACGAGGCAGGCGGAGUAAAGAUGCGUAUCGCUUCUGCGCCGCGAAGCGGGUUCGAGACGCGGGUCGUGACGGAGGGCUACUCGGCUUUCAUCAUCGCCGAGGCUGUAGACAGCGAUGGCGUAAUGCUCGGGGAAAGCGCUGUGAUAUCCACGAUUGGUGCGAGAAAUAUAUCCGCGGCCGCUGCGAAGUCAGAGAAGCAGGGGGAGAACGCGCGGGGUUUUUCCCAGCAUGUUAAUGCGACAUCCAUUGCAGCGUUCCUCGCUGGCGCGAUUGCGAGCGUCGUAGGGGUGUGGGUUGUUGUGCUUUGGCGAGGGCGGCGAUCGUCGGGAGAACGAUGGUUGGGGACAUCGAGAGGCGUGCGGUACGCGCGUGUGGACGGUGGGAACGGCGAGGUGGAAGACGCAGGGUUUGAUGAAUGCAAGUUGGAUGAUUUAAGUGUUGAUGGUGAUGGGGGAAGAACGCCGAGGCGGGACAAUCGUCAGUUCGCUUCUGGCGAUCAUGAAGGCGAGGAUGAUGCCACGGUGUCCAGUGCUACGGCACGAAGUUACUAA